CAUUGAGUCAACAUAAACACAAAAUGGAGGAUGGCGAAGAUCCGGGGAACGCAUUUGCGAUUCCAGAUCUAUGGGCAUCGUCGAGAUACUUUCCAGAGCCCGAAGAUUCGUACGGUUUCUUGUUCUCGCAACUUAAAUUUGACGAUAUCAGUGAGAAACUACCGGAACAGACGCUCAGCCAUGGAGGCAAUGGCGGCUUCUUUGCCUUACCAGAUUUCCCAUUCGAAAACCCAGAAGCUUCAAUCAUCUCUACCAGCACGCCGCCGCCUCUGAGCGAAAGGGGCGAGGAAAUAAACAAUGACGAAGGCGACGGAUAUGUUGAUAUAUGGUCGUUUGCGCCCGAGGAAGAGCUGAAAAGCGCAAAUUAUCUCACAUGGGAUGCAUUCGAUGAGCAGAGGGAGGAGGCGCCACAAACCUGUUACGUCUCAGAAGGAGGGCCGCAACUAUUCGACGCCGCAGUUGCCGACGACACAAACCCCCUCCAAAUCGACAACCAAGAUGCAGUUGUUGUCAGCGGGUCAACAUAUGCAUCAUCACUUCUAGCGUUAGGCCUAGGCAGGGACUCGGUGCUAUUCACCUGGAACGAAGAAACAAAAGACUUUGAAUGCACACUCAAAUCCGUCCGUACAUCCGGUUGCACCACCGAGCUCACCCACGAUAUCACAGCGCUCUUCCUCCACUGCGGCAACACCACCAAAGCCCUGCGCUCAUUCACCAACAAAACCUACCACAAACACCGCUCACCCGGCCGCAUCGCCCUAGCCGACGCCAUAUCCACAGUCCUCUCAACCCUGCAAUCACACCUCAACAUCCCCGCCUCCUCCCUCCAAAGCAUCCUCAAACUGCAAUCCCUCUUCCAGCCUGUCUCGCACCUCCUCACCAUCUUCCACGAGCUCAUCCUCUUCGCCGGGUCCGCCGAGAAUGACGAGGUUAUGCUCUCGAACCUCUUCCAAUACAUCGAGCAGACCGAGCAUAGGACGGACUCGACACAGACUAUCCUCCUCGAAGUGCUUUCACGCGUCUCCCGCCCCUUUCUGGAUUUCGCGGGGGAAUGGCUCGGUAUCCAGCGCGAAACGGGGAUGCCUCUAGUCAAGGGUAGCGUGGGGAAGAGUUUUGUUAAGGCGGAGGAUAGACUCUGGAUCGAUGAGCAUGGGAUGGAAAUCCGGACUCCUGAUUUCGUGCUUGAUGAGGCGAGGGUCCCGUCAUUUAUGCCGGAGGAGGAUAUGCAGAUCUUAUUCGAGGCGGGACAGAGUCUGAGGUUGCUGAGGGAGCAUCAGCCUGAGCAUCCGUUGGCGAGGGGUGAUAUCGUCACCGCCGCCGCUGCGAAGCCUGUGUUGGAGUGGGAAUUCUCAUGGCAGAAUAUCGAGGCGAUUGGGGAGAGGGCUAGGCAGUACGAGAAGGACCUCACAGCUGCGAUAGAGAAAUACUCUACAUCCGGCCACACACCCCCAGCGCUACGCCUCGCACCACCAGCCGAGAAAAAGGAAGAACUCAAUCUCUUCGGCAAACCCCCCUCAGAAAUGGAAGCCCACCUCCUCGCCUCCAUCACCACCCUCACCACCGCACCCCUCACCCCAUCUUCAACCCUCACCACCCUCCUCACAAACCACCUCACCGCCUCCCCCACCCCCUCCACCUCUCACCUCACCCACAACCCCACCUCCCUCCCCCUCCCCCUCCCCCUAACCCCCCACCUCUCCCUCACCCCCCUCCUAACCCCCCUCUCCACACACCUCUCCCACGCAACCCUCACCCUCCUCCUCGCCUCCAACCUCUCCACGCACCUCAGUCUCCACAGGUCUUUCUCCCUCCUCGGCUCCGGGGUUUUCGCAUCCCGUCUCGCGCACGCGCUGUUCGAUCCCGAUUUAGGGACUGCGGAACGGCAGCGCGGGGUGGUGAGGGAGGGGGUUAUGGGGUUACGUCUUGGUGGUCGCGGUCGUCAGAAGGGGUCUGGGGGGCUAGGGGGGGAAGGAAGUUGGCCGCCUGGGGGUUCGGAGUUACGACUCGUCCUAUCUGGGGUGUUGAGUGAGAGUUACGCCGCCACCACUCCCCGCGCUCCCUCACGACCAUCUACAUCAUCCUCCUCCUCCCCGCCGGCAUUUGAGAUAGGUGGAAGGGUGAGAGCCUACACCGCACCCACCCUGCUCCCAGGCGACCUCUCCUUCGGGGUCCGGCACAUGACACCCCCCGAGAUCUCCGCCUGUCUCGAUCCCUCCUCCCUCUCCGCGCUCGACUUCCUGCGGUUAGUCUACCACCCACCCGCGCCGCUGGAUGCGGUGAUCACGCCGGAGAGUUUGCAUAUGUAUGACCGUGCUUUUUGCGCGUUGUUGAGGUGUUUGAGGGUGCAGUUUGUGAUGGGUGAACUGUUUCGCGCUUCUAAGACUUGGGAUAGUAGUAGGAGGGGUAGAGGGGGGGUGGGGAGAGGAGAGGGGAGAACGGCGGCGAGGUUUAGGAAUGAGGCGCAGCAUUUUGUUAAUGCGAUUUGCUCGCAUUUUGAGUCUGGUGUUACGGCGGCGUGGGGGGUGAUGGAAGGGAAGAUGAGGGAGGUUGAAGACCGUUUACAGCCUGGGGGUGUGGGGUUGGCGGCUGGGGAGGGGGUGGAGGGGUUGAGGAGGUAUCAUGAGAGAGUGCUAGAGCGAAUGAUGGGUGUUCUCCUCCUUCGAGGCAGACAAUCCGUGGUGCGAGGCGUGUUGGAGGAGGUUCUUGGGUGUGUGCUUGGGUUUGGGGGGUGGGCUGCUAGUGCGAGCGCUGCGAGCCGUACAACUGAAAAUGGGGAAGGGGAUGGGGAAAAGGGGGUGGAGGAGUUGUAUAAGACUUUCAAGAGUAAAGUCAAAGUGUUCAUAACCAUCUGCCGCGGGAUGGAGGAGAAGAAAGGAGGUGUCCUAGGGGCUGAGGGGGGAGGGAGAGGGAAAGGGGGUGGAUAUGGAGGGAGAGGGGGAUUGUUUGAUCUCGAGGAGGUGGGGAGGGGGGAUGUGGUUGGGGGGUUGUUGGGGAGGUUGGAGGGGUCGGGGUAUUAUUGUUGA